AUGCAAAGUGAGUACAGCACUGUUCUAACACUCUUCCCUUUAAAGUCUGUCACAGAAAGCUUUGCCAGAGUGAUCCAUGGCUUGACAGUGGAGCACCUGACAGACCACGUCAUUCAGAGAAGCAAAAGAAUGAUUCUGGAUACUCUGGGUGUCGGCUUCCUGGGAACCAAUACAGAAGUGUUUCACAAAGCCAGUGAAUAUAGUAAGAUCUACAGUUCCAAUGUGGCCAGCACCGUUUGGGGUCAGCCAGACUUAAGGCUCCCGCCGACAUAUGCUGCUUUUGUGAACGGUGUGGCUAUUCACUCAAUGGAUUUUGAUGAUACAUGGCAUCCUGCCACCCACCCUUCUGGAGCAGUCCUUCCUGUCCUGCUGGCUUUAUCAGAAGCUCUGCCUCCAAGUCCAAAGUGUUCUGGCCUUGAUCUGCUCUUAGCUUUCAAUGUUGGGAUUGAAGUGCAAGGCCAAUUACUGCGUUUCUCCAAGGAAGCCAAUGACAUACCAAAGAGAUUCCAUCCCCCCUCAGUGGUAGGAACCUUGGGUAGUGCUGCUGCUACAUCCAAGUUUUUGGGGCUCAGCAUGACAAAGUGCCGAGAGGCCCUGGCUAUUGCUGUUUCUCAUGCCGGGGCACCCAUAGCAAACGCUGCCACUCAGACCAAGCCUCUUCAUAUCGGCAAUGCUGCCAGGCAUGGGAUGGAAGCCGCUUUUCUGGCAAUGCUGGGUCUCCAAGGAAACAGACAAAUCUUGGACAUGCAGACAGGGUUUGGGGCCUUCUAUGCCAACUAUUCCCCAAAAGUUCUUCCAAACCUAGAUUCCCACACUUGGCUGCUGGACCAGCAGGAUGUGGCCUUCAAGCGGUUCCCUGCACAUCUGGCCACCCACUGGGUGGCAGACGCAGCUGCAUCUGUGAGAAAGCACCUUGUAACAGACAGAGCCCUGCUUCCCAUUGACCGCAUUGCAAGAAUUGUGCUCAGAAUUCCAGAUGUCCAGUAUGUAAACAGGCCCUUCCCAGACUCAGAGCAUGAGGCUCGUCAUUCCUUCCAGUUUGUGGCCUGUGCCACACUGCUUGAUGGCGGCAUCACUGUCCCAUCAUUCCACAAAUGCCAGAUCAACAGGCCACAGGUGAGGGAGUUGCUCAGUAAGGUGGAGCUGGAGCACCCUCAAGACAACCUGCCAAGCUUCAACACACUAUACUGUGAGAUAAGUGUCACUCUCGAUGAUGGAGCCACCUUCACAGAGCGCUCUGAUACCUUCUAUGGCCAUUGGAGGAAGCCAUUGAGCCAGGAGGACCUACGGGAGAAGUUCAGAGCCAAUGCUUCCAGCGUGCUGUCCUGUGAUACAGUAGAUAGACUUACAGAGAUGGUAGAGAACCUAGAAGACCUAGAAGACUGUUCUGUCCUAACCACUCUUCUGAAAGGACCGUCUUCACCGGAGAUGGUUUCAAAAUCUAUCUAGCAUCCAACAAUUUCAUCAGACAGUUUCUCCUGAGGCUUACCAACAUCUAAGUGACUUUAUAUUGGGGAAAAAUCAGUGAUCUGCUUUAUACAGCAAGGGUUUACUAUCGCUCUGCCCAGGAACAAGUGAAGCAAGGUGGAGAGAGUCCAGAAACAGAAUUGGAUUUUUAUGGAAGGAGUCUUUUCCUAUAAAUUCUGCAAGACAGUUCCAAUUACCUGAAGAAAAAUAAUAAAUAUGCAAGAAACACAGAGAAAUUGAUUUUAUAAGUAUUCAUAAGGCUGAAAUUCAAGUCACCUCUGAUUUGCUUGUAAGGUUAAUCUUUACAGAAGAGUUCUUUAUGAACUUCAUGAACCUUAAGAUGUGGGAGGAAUUUGAACCUACAUGUAAGUUUGCUGACAGUCGACAAGGGCUCUGGCCUAUUGUGCCACCAACAUGUUUCUUGGACCAUGGUUUUUUACAAGCCCCCCACAGUAGAGGGGGUGCUAUUAGUUUAAAUAUAAGGAAUUAGUGGGUACAAAUCCUGCCCCUACAACUUACUAGAUGUGACCCUAAGCAUGUUACUGGGUAGCCCUCUGCCUCAGUUUAAAGCAGAAAUAAAAAGCGGUAUAAAAAGUAAAACAGUUUGGCUCUGGAAGCCAUGCUGCUAACCACUACAAUAUACUGCGUUUUGUUACAAAAAAAUUUUUGAGAAAAAUAUGGAUGAAGAGUUUGACAUGUAAUAAAGAACGACAGCAAAAAAUAUGUGGGUAAUUAAAUAACUAUUGACUUUGUAAAAUAAUAAAAAUGUCUUAUGGGGUUAAAAAUUGCAACUUUAGCAAUACACAUAAGCAGGGAGUUACUAUAAUUAAUGUGCUCUAAAUUCCUUAUGUCAUUCAAGAAAAGGGCAAAGCUAUUAACUGUAGACUUUGAUUUGUAAGUAUGCAUGUUGACAUUUCCAGGGUAACCAUUAUAAGACAACAGUAGAAUAUACCACUUCCAGGUUAACAGAGAGAGAAAUAUGGAAUUAGGAAAAAGAAAAUAAACCAAAGGAAGGCAAGAAAGGAGGAG